AGAGUACUAUAAAUAGGAUGUGCGUUGGCUCUGGAAAAUGCAUUACCGAUUUGGUAUCACCGCUAACUGUCUCCACACAACUGAAACCAUGUUCAAAGUUCUGUUGGUAUCGCUUCUGGCCCUCGGCUGCAGUGCUGUCGAAGUACUGGAAGUGAGCGGCAAUAAAGUGGUGCGAAACGCCCACCAAACCCACCUCCCGCUCAAGUCAGUUAACGGUGUCUUCUCCACCCUUCCCGGUCUCAACGAUUACACCCACCGACCAUUGGUCUCAUCUCUCAACUACAAUAACUAUGGUUAUGGUUUGGGAGGAUUCCGAUCGCUGAGCGGUUUGACCGGUUUGAGCGGUUAUAGCGGUUUGGGUCACCAAUCGGUAAACUUUGCCCCUUCGCCGUACAGUUACAUCCCUUACGGAUACAGCAAUUUGAACAGAUUUGCUGUCCAUCAGCCCACCUAUCAGACCAUUCAGGUCGAACAGCCCCAGACCGUGGCCUAUGCCCGACCCGCUCUGACCCUCGCUCAGCCCCAGCUGUCAGUGGCCUCAGUCGCUGUCCGACCCCAGGUGUACACCAGCCAACACCAGAACAUCCAUCCCGUCAGCGCUGCCAUCCAUCAGGUCGGCAGAACUGUGGAGUACAGAGCCGUUCCCUUCAAUGAUCAGCCAAUUCAGGCCCAAGACGUGAUUGUGGAGCCCAGCGAUCAGCCCAUCAACAUUCACUUCAAGUCCCGCUCGUCGACUGUGCGUCUGUCUCAGGAGCACAUCGCCGGUGAGCCCGGAUCUGUCGAACAGACACAGUCUCAAGACGAGCCAUCGAAGGUCAUCCACGAAGUCGUGAAGCCAGUCAUCCAAGAGGUGCGCGAAGUCAUCCAACCCUACAGACAACUCACGCAAGAGGUUCAACCAGUGGUCGAGAACGUGCACACAGUUGUCUCCCACGGAGAGGGUGUUCGUCAACAAUACGUCGCUGAGCCCAUUGUCAAGCAGCAGAUCCAGACCGUCCAACAGGUGGCCGUCCAACCCGUCCAACAGUUCGCUGUCCAACCCGUCCAGCAAUUCGCUGUCCAACGCGUUCAGGUGCCCGAAGUGAGACAAGUCGCUUACCAACACGUCGAGGCACAACCCAUUCAAUACCAGCCCAUCCAAUACCAGACUGUCCAAGAGGUUCAGCCCAUCCAUGUCCGAGCCGUCGCUCAGCCCACU